AUGUGGAGGGCAGCGCGAUUCGCCGCGUCGCGGCGGCUGAGCAACCGGUCGACGAGGCCGUUCUCGACUGCGAUUCCCGGCCCCUGUAUGGUUCACAAGCGCGGCGCCGAUAUUCUCCAUGAUCCAUGGUUCAACAAGGACACUGGAUUUCCGUUGACUGAAAGAGAUCGACUAGGACUUCGCGGUCUCCUUCCCCCUCGUGUCAUAUCGUUCGAGCAGCAGUAUGCUCGUUUCAUGGAGUCUUAUCGGUCACUAGAGAAAAAUACUAAGGGCCAGCCAGAAGGUGUUGUGGCCUUGGCUAAAUGGAGGAUUUUAAAUAGACUGCAUGACAGGAACGAGACCUUAUACUACCGAGCCCUUAUUGACAACAUCCAAGAUUUUGCUCCCAUAAUCUACACUCCUACAGUAGGAUUAGUAUGUCAAAAUUAUUCUGGGUUAUUUAGGCGCCCUCGUGGAAUGUACUUCAGUGCAAAGGAUAAAGGGGAGAUGAUGUCUAUGAUCUACAACUGGCCAGCUCAUCAGGUAGACAUGAUUGUCCUCACAGAUGGCAGUCGUAUUCUUGGCCUAGGUGACCUUGGAGUUCAGGGAAUUGGAAUUCCGAUAGGAAAACUUGAUAUGUAUGUUGCUGCAGCUGGUAUUAAUCCACAAAGAAUACUACCAGUUAUGCUAGAUGUUGGUACUAACAAUCAAAAGCUACUUGAAGACCGUCUUUAUUUAGGACUUCGACAACCUAGGUUGGAAGGAGAAGAGUACAUAUCAAUUGUUGAUGAAUUCAUGGAAGCUGUUCAUACACGUUGGCCCAAGGCCAUUGUGCAGUUCGAGGAUUUUCAAAUGAAGUGGGCUUUUGAAACACUGCAACGCUAUCGUAGAAGGUUUUGCACGUUCAAUGAUGAUAUACAGGGAACUGCCGGUGUUGCACUUGCAGGACUACUAGGAGCUGUAAGAGCGCAAGGUCGACCAUUGAGUGACUUUGCUAAACAAAAGAUAGUUGUUGUGGGAGCUGGCAGUGCGGGACUUGGUGUUCUUAACAUGGCUGUACAGGCUGUUGCAAGAAUGUCAGGGAACGGUGAAGCUGCUGCAAAAAAUAACUUUUUCCUGAUUGAUAAAGAUGGUCUAGUUACAAAAGAGAGGAAUAAGAUUGACCCCAUGGCUGCACCUUUUGCUAAAGAUCCAGGAGCAAUUGAUGGGCUUAGGGAGGGAGCUAGUCUACUUGAAGUGGUUAAGAAGGUCAAGCCUCAUGUGCUUCUUGGUUUGUCUGGUGUUGGCGGUGUUUUCAAUCAUGAGGUACUUAAAGCGAUGCGAGAAUCUGAUUCAGCUAAACCUGCGAUUUUUGCUAUGUCAAAUCCAACCAUGAACGCUGAAUGCACUGCUGAAGAUGCUUUUAAGCAUGCUGGUGAAAACAUAGUCUUUGGAAGUGGAAGCCCUUUUGAUAAUGUUGAUCUUGGCAAUGGAAAAGUAGGCCAUGUAAAUCAAGCAAAUAACAUGUACCUUUUUCCAGGGAUUGGUUUAGGAGCACUUCUCUCAGGAGCUCGUAUUAUAUCAGAUGGCAUGUUACAAGCAGCUUCUGAAUGCCUCGCUUCAUACAUAACAGAUGAAGAUAUCCAGAAGGGCAUCUUGUACCCAUCUAUUGAUUGUAUCCGGGAUAUAACUGUGGAGGUUGGAGCUGCUGUCCUCCAGGCAGCUGUUGCAGAAGAACUUGCAGAGGGACACUGUGAAGUCGGGCCCAAAGAGCUCAUGAACAUGUGCAAAGAGGAGAUUGUGGAGUAUGUGACUCGCAGUAUGUGGUUCCCGGUUUACAGCCCUCUAGUUCAUGAAAAAUGAGGCUUUGGUGCUGUACCGCGCCCGAUACAGUGCGGUCAGAUGCUAUAUUUUUUGCAGCUCAGGCAUCAAUAGUUCUGCAGUCAAGCAACUUAUUUCUUGGCCUGUCUUUAUAAAUUAUUACAAGCUCGGAGAAUUAGAGGACAUUGAAGGGAACAGAAAUAAGGCCCGCCCUUUUCUAAAUUGAUAAGAAAGUAGCAAUUAGAAACCCAUUUGUUUGAACAACGCACUGAUUUAUGUGAUCAAAAUUAUUAGUGGUCUUUGUUUCCAAACAUCUUUCGACAUGUUACUUCAAUUUGAUGUUAAAACAUUUUUUAUUUUCUGGACUAAAUUUUUUUUUCCUCCUC